AUGAAUACAAAAUCACUUAUAUUUAGAUUUCCAAUGACUUAUGAUUAAUCAAAAGCAUUAUUAGAUUAAUCAAAAUGUGAUGAAGAAUUCUUUAGAACAAUCAUAGCUUUAAGUCUAUAAUUAAAAUAAUUUGUGAAUGAAGAUGACAUACAAUCUUUGACUAAUUUUUUUAAUCAAAAUGCAGGUAUGAUUCCUUUCUUAAGAAUAUUUAUUGAUGAAUCAUUUGAAUAAGCUGUUCUAUAUAGAUAUGAAGAGAUAAUAAGAUAUUUCAUAAAUAAUAGUUAUUAAGUUACAGAUAAAAAAAUUCUUAUAACUUUAUUACAAACCACUAGAUUUUUAAAACAUGAUCCACCUAUUGAAGUCUUAGAGUUAUUGAUAAAAGAUGGAAAUGUAAAACCUGAUGAAGGUACUGAUGAUAAAUUUAGAACACCUCUACAUUUAGCUUGUAAAUAUGGCAUAAUAGAUUUUAUAAAGUAUUAUAUUAAAUAUAUGAAUAAGAAUAUUAAUUGAGAAUGGUGCAGAUAUAAAUGCAGUAGACAAAAAAAAGUUUACUCCCUUAAUGUAUUUAUAAAAAAAGAUGUAAAAAGAAGAGGGAUUAGAUGCAAUAGAAAAAUAUAUGUAUUAAAAGGGAGCAGAGACUUAUGUUACAUCUAUAUUUUGA